AUGGACGUGAGGAAUCAACUGCAAAGGUAUUUAUCGCUUCUAGACCAGUCGCAUUUUGACCUCGCUUUCCCUAAAUUUGCCCUCAACAAUCCCAUUACCGUAUUUCUCGAUGAGAAUUGGGUGAACCAGAAGUUGACAUUUGGAAAAUUAUUAUUUCGGUCGCGUGACUUGAAGACGGAACUUGCCCUCUGUGAUGGGGGACCCAGGCAUGACGAAGGAAUCAAGAGUUUUCUGACUGCGUUCGUCAGGAUUCCCUUUGUAAAUGUGGUCCCGGUAGAUUUCAGUGCUCAUUGCCUCAGUACGGUGGAUUAUCUUACCCAAUUUACAAGCCACCGUCUGCCCGGUCAACGCCGUCUAAGCCUGAGUCUGUACCACGUGCGGCCUGAUCUCCUUCUUACGACGAAUAUUGAUGCGGAGAUGGACUGUUUCCCAUUACCGGACGAAGCAAAAGUCGUUUCUUUUAGAGACUGGUGUCGUAGUUGUUCUCUUGCAGUCAUACAACGCCUCCGGAAGACUAGGCAACUUACUCUGGUGGAGGCCAAUCUAUGGAUCCGUGGAAGAUCCUGCUGUAAUGAGGAGACUCACUUUUCUUUCAAGAAUCUUGGGAUACUACGAGCAGCCCUCGCAUUCCUCUCUCCUGAAAAUAUUUAUGAAGGGAGCCAAUUUCCGAUUCUGCAGCUCACGGUUCUGAGUUCCUGCUACCUAUGUCCCUACGAGGCAAAGACGAGACAUUACGAAUCAUAUUUUCCGGGCGUUGAAGUACACUUUGGAUUUCUGAAGCGUUGUGCAGACGAUGGCCCGAGUGAUUAUGCAGCCAGCUGUUUACAAAACACUGGUGACAUGACCCUGGCAUUCGAAUAUCCUUCCGAUGAACCAGUUCCCUCUGGGGUGAGAUUCAUGAGCUCCACCGAAUUCUACAUCAGAGUUGACCGAGUUGUUCCACUGUCCCUCGAGAAAGUUGACCUAACACUCAGCUCGCUGGACAUCUUGGCGGAGUUGCUCAUUGGUUGCCUAAAAACUCGAGAGGCUCUGAGGCAGAUAAAGAGCCUUCGCGGCCAGCUGGCCAAUGUGAGUAAGUUUGGCGUCACAGGGGGAAAAGACCUGGACGCUAAGCUCGUCAACGAACCAACUGUUCGGACUGCUGAUCUUCGACCGUUCCUGGAGAUGUUUCCAUUCCUUCAGUGUCUUGAAAUACGCGUUGACAUCUGGUUUUUAAAGGCGAAUUUUGCCCUAUUCCACCGCCGAGGUCACAUUGGACGAAAAGCACAUGAAGACUGUGUUUGCGAGAAUGCCCUGUCUACACUGGCUUGUGCUGAUUUAUCCGGAAGGAAGCUGGAUCUGCAGUCAGUCGUCGGACGGCCAAACGGUUCAAAUCGUGUCAGCGAAUACCCGGUCAUGAAAGGAUCUUUGCCGAAUGUUUCCUCAACUAUGUGGGAAAUUCUGGAGUAG